UACUCCUCUGUCAUUCUCAUUUUAACCGCCAAUCUUUCUCUCUCUCUCUCUCUCUCUCUCCUUCUCCAUAUAACUGCCGUCGGACCAACGAGAGCAGGCGCACCCACCAACCUUCCAUCUCCAUCCCCAUCGAAGCUCUGCAACUUUCCGGGGAAAGAAGAGAAGAUGAGGGAGAUCCUGCACAUCCAGGGGGGCCAAUGCGGGAACCAGAUCGGGUCCAAGUUCUGGGAGGUCAUCUGCGACGAGCACGGCAUCGACCCCACCGGUAAGUUCACCGGCGACGCCUCCUCCGACCUCCAGCUCGAGCGCAUCAACGUCUACUACAAUGAGGCCUCCGGCGGCCGCUACGUCCCCCGCGCCGUCCUCAUGGACCUCGAGCCCGGCACCAUGGACAGCAUCCGCUCCGGCCCCUUCGGCCAGAUCUUCCGCCCCGACAACUUCGUGUUCGGCCAGUCCGGCGCCGGCAACAACUGGGCCAAGGGCCACUACACCGAGGGCGCCGAGCUCAUCGACGCCGUCCUCGACGUCGUCCGCAAGGAGGCCGAGAACUGCGACUGCUUGCAAGGUUUCCAAGUAUGUCACUCACUAGGAGGAGGCACAGGUUCGGGUAUGGGAACUCUCCUGAUUUCAAAAAUCAGAGAGGAGUAUCCCGACAGGAUGAUGCUUACAUUCUCUGUCUUCCCUUCACCAAAGGUGUCUGACACAGUCGUGGAACCAUACAAUGCCACCCUCUCAGUGCAUCAGUUGGUCGAGAAUGCAGAUGAAUGCAUGGUUCUUGACAACGAAGCACUCUAUGACAUUUGCUUCAGGACCUUAAAGCUUAGCACUCCAAGCUUUGGAGACCUAAAUCACUUGAUCUCUGCCACCAUGAGUGGAGUGACAUGCUGCUUGAGGUUCCCUGGCCAGCUGAACUCUGAUCUCCGCAAAUUGGCUGUGAACUUGAUUCCAUUCCCACGCCUUCACUUCUUUAUGGUUGGCUUCGCUCCACUCACAUCUCGUGGCUCUCAGCAGUACAUCUCCCUCACUGUUCCUGAGCUGACUCAGCAAAUGUGGGAUUCCAAGAACAUGAUGUGCGCAGCCGACCCCCGCCACGGUCGAUACCUCACAGCCUCUGCAAUGUUCAGGGGGAAGAUGAGCACAAAAGAGGUGGACGAACAGAUGAUCAAUGUGCAGAACAAGAACUCAUCCUACUUCGUGGAGUGGAUCCCUAACAAUGUGAAGUCCAGCGUGUGCGACAUCCCACCAAAGGGCCUGAAGAUGGCGUCCACGUUUGUGGGGAACUCCACUUCGAUUCAGGAAAUGUUCAGGAGAGUGAGUGAGCAAUUCACUGCCAUGUUCAGGCGCAAGGCAUUUUUGCACUGGUACACUGGUGAAGGGAUGGACGAGAUGGAGUUCACCGAGGCAGAGAGCAACAUGAAUGAUCUUGUGGCUGAGUAUCAACAAUAUCAGGAUGCCACCGCUGACGAUGAGGCAGAGUACGAAGAGGGAGAAGAGGCCUACGAGGACUGAUGUUUCAGAAGUUCUUCAAUCAUUUCUACUUGUAUUGAGUUUCGUACAUGGAUGUAUUUCCUGUAUCUGUUGCUGUUGCUUAUGUCCGUGUUUGUCUAAAUUCUUUUGCCAUGUUGUUUCCCAAGACUUUGGAGCUCCUGGUUAAUCGUUCUGCGUUUUUAAUUGAGUUUAGCAUUCCAGACAAGAAAGGCCGCCAAUUGUUCUUGUAUCUUCACUUGCAGGCGAGUAAAGCCAUGUACGCGUUAGUUUUCGUAUAGCCAAUGUGAUGUAUAAGUCAUGAGUCACGUUGAGAUAACAUUGAUAUGGAGUUUGGAAAGCUGUUGCUUA